GUUUACACCCACAACUCACACUCACAUCAUGCUCGGCCUACGAUCUCUCCAGCGUGCAACACGCACUCCCGCCUUCCGCCAAAUGGGCGCGAGACGCGGCGAGGCGACGAUGGGUGUGGGAGCCAAGGGGACGGGAGCUGCGCAGGACAAUGCCUUCAACCGUGAGCGGGCGGCAGUCAAGGCGCAUGCGGCGGCCACCAGUGAUACAUGGAGGAAAGGGAGCAUCUAUAUUGUCAUCCCGUCCCUCCUCAUCGCCGCCGUCAACGCCUGGCGGCUGUGGGACGAGCACCAGGAGCACAUGAAGCACGAGCCGCCGCUUGAGGAGCGGGUCGAGUACCCUUACAUGAACAUCCGCACCAAGUCUUUCCCAUGGGGUGAUGGUGAUAAGACGCUGUUCUGGAACGAUGCGGUCAACCACCACAAGCGGGACGAGUAGUCUGUUGUUGAAAUGUAUAAAUCGGUAUUACCUGGCGUAGCUGGAGGCUCAUUUCGAGCAGAAGGCCUACCUCGAACACUUCAAAUAUGCCGUUCUCAAGUCUA